AAAAUGGCGGAGAAAUCGGAAGCUUUCUAGAUGAUCGGUCAUUUGGAAUGGCGCACACAGAUGACCAAUGGGUCAGGCUGUUUAAUGUCUCGGAUCCGCGUAGAGCUUAUGCCGGCCAUACAUUGUAUAAAGUUACUUCCAAGGUAACGUAAAUCGUAUAAAUUUUAAUUUUGCAAUUGCGUGUCUCAAUCAAAGGAUCAUUAAUUGUCCACCAAUUUGAGUUUCAUUCUAUAGUUGUGUAUUUGACAAGUUAAUGAAAUUUUUGUCUUUCCUGACGGCAUUCACCGGUAGAAAUACCCCCUGGUUUCUUCCAUUUAACCUACUUCUAACUACAUUAGCUAAAAGCCAGUCGUCAAAAAACAAUUUUAUUUGACGUUUUUUACUGCCUUCGUGUCGCAGGUGUUUCAAAGAGAAUUUCCUGAGGGAGCGACUGAGGUAUGUUUUUAUUAUUUGCCAAUUUUAUUUCUCCAAUUUGUUCAUACUGCUUGGAAAAUCAGUGAUCAAAAAUGGAAAAAAAACGUGGUUGAAUAGAUAUAUUUAUUCUGCAAAAAAAGCAUGCGCAAUGACACAAAUGUUUUGCAAUUAUGCCACUAACUGUGAGGUCUCUCGUAGUAGGAAAUUUCAAACGUCAUUUAGUAAAACACAUAAAAACAGGUACAGCCUGCAACCUUGUUUGAGAGGGAUACCUUUUGGUCAGCAGCUCAGUUGUGGUGAGGACAAAACAUGGACCUGGAGUCCAUGGACAGGGUGCAAAGAAAAUUAUUUUUACAGCUUGCCACUUGGGCAAGCUGAAGCUAGCAUUUACUAGCCCAGGCGUCAUUUCAACUAGCCCCAAAAGCUUUUUGACGAGCAGAAUUGAUUUCACAGUUCUUUUGUGAUUCGAAUUGCUCAAAAAACAUCACUUGCCCGUCGGGCAAGGUAAAAACAGAAUUCACUAGCCCUAUAGCAAAAUCCACUAGCCCUGGGCUAUCGGACAUAACUUUCUUUUCACGCUGAUGGAUUCCCCACUUCCUUGGACUGAGCCCAUGGACCCCCUGUAAUGGACCAGGUUCGUGCCCCCCCUAAAAGAAAAUUAAAGAAGGAGAAAUGAAUAAUAAACAUGAUGCAAAUAAACAGCAUCCAUAGUUUUAGUGACCACUCCCUGUCAAGGCAUUAGUUGGCCAGUCAUUUCGACAAGUGGAUGGCUUUCAAAUAAAUAACCAGGAUAAUAAUGCAUAGGUCAAUUCCAGCUCCAACCAUCCAUGAAUUCAAAUUUCCACCUUAAAACCGAAAUCUGUUUUCAGAAUUUUUAGUCUGAAGAUUGCUUAGUGCUUGAAACUCUGAGUUACAGCUGUACAACUCUGUAGGCCUCUUGUACUAAGAUCACGUGACCAAUGCUUCCUUUAAACAAUAAGUUGGAAUUUUGCUGAUGCCAAAAAUUGACAGAGCACAUAACAAUUAUCUUACACCUGAAAUUUGAGAGGAAACGCAUUUAAGGGAGAUAUUUUAUGGCACUUUGAUUUUUCAACAAAGUAGUAUGAUUUGUAUUGGCUGCCAUGUUGAAGGGCAUACUCUUGCCCUUCAGCAUGGCGGCCAAAACUACUUUUUGCAAAAAUCACAUUUUGGUCACGUGACCAGCUAUGAACUUACUCAUUUUAAGAAAAUGGUGCAGGUUUGAAAAACCAAAUCACUAUUAUUUUGUUUAACAUAUGCCCCACUAAUCGUUUUUCGAAGGCAAAAUCAUAUAUAACUUUCAUUUUCAUAAAAACUAUGUCACAUGACCUCUUAGUGCAAAUGGCUUAUUAACUUCCAUCCUUUGAUUUUGUAUUUGUGUAACCUUUAUUAUUUAUAAUUAUGAUAGUUUUAAAUUUCCUUUGUCUCCUAUAACUCUAAUGAUAUACUGGAUUAAUAAUUUCAUCAAUUUCCUUUGUUCCCAUCCUUGCAGAUCCAGGGCAGUCAGCGGGGUUGGGAGAAACAGCACAACAAAAUAAUGUUUCCACGCAAACAUUUUUAUAGCAUCAUUUAUCCCACCCUGACCGACUGCCCUGAGAAUACUUUAUCUCUUAACGCUGUAUAAUUUGUCCAUGAUAUGAAUAAUGCCAUUAGUUUGGUCUAUCUCCUAACCUAUUUAAUUAUUCACGAUUAGGAAUAAUUAUUUUGUUAGGGGCGGUCAACGGACAAUAGGGUUUUGUCAAAGGAGACAAUGAAUCAAACUAUUUAAAGGUUCAAUAUUAUUGGCGUUUGUGAAAAGGAUUGAAACCAUCUGAGCUGUAAUGUUUGCAUGCUGAAUUUGUUCCAGAUUUAAACAUCAUGUAUGGGGGGUACUUUUGUAGCGAUAAGGCGUGUCGAUGUUUGUCCGGCCAAAAUGGGAUUUACAAUUUGACUUUUGACAAGAAAUUGCACCAAGAACUAUUGAAGAUCUACUUAUUUAAAGACCUCAAAGAAGAACAGUUCCCAAGAACUAUUGAAGAUCUACUUAUUUAAAGACCUCAAAGAAGAACAGUUCCCACCUUUCCCAAAGGCAAAGUUCUUUGGUAAUAAUAUUAAGGUGUUUUCAUAAAGGCAGAUUACAAGACAUAGUACAGAUUGAUUUUAUAUCUUACCUCUUUACUACUGGGUGUCAAUCCACCUAAGGGAUUUAGCCAGAAGGGUGUUCAGCCAUCCUAUGGACAGCCAGUUUUGGAAAAAAGACAACGAAAAUUUACUAAUAAUCUCUUAUAAUUUUAUGGGAAAACGUGCCUUCUGGCUGCCAGUUUUUAAUGUCUGGCUUAAAGCCUGAUCCACCUACGGGGCUGUUUUCGUGGACGGAGGAAGAUUCUGGCACCAGGAAGAUCCUACAAGUGAAUCAUUCUAGCUAGUGCCAUAUGUUUUCUGUAUUCAGUUUACAUGCAAAGGAUUGCACUUGUCACUAGCACUAGGAUUUUCUAGGAUCUCUUUUUGGUAACCACACAGACCAAAGUUUGUUCAGCAUGUAAACCUGACAAAAAGUUGUUCUGCCUUUUAGGAUCUUCCUUGUACUAGGAUCUUCCUCCCUCCAUGUGAAAAGCCCUUAAGUACUUCUUUGUAAAGUUGUUAUGGAAGAACAAGACAAAGUAAAUCCUAUGCUUUGUUCAUUCUACCUUUUUAAUACUUGUGGGUGGACAUUUAGUUGGAACAGCAAUGUUCCCACUGGAAAAGGUUCACUAGAUGAAGGAAUACCUUCAGAGAUACAAUGGAACUUCAAUAUAACAUGGGCCAAGGGACUGACAAAAUAUGUUCGCUACGGUGAUGUUUUGUUACAUCAAGGACUUUUCCAUAUUAUAUUUUACUAUUACUGGGGUGAGGAAUAUCAUUUUGUUAUACCUUGAAGACUUUGUUAUAUAGAGGUUCGUUAAAUCAAGAUUCCACUGACUGUAUUCCACUUUUCUCAUUGUUUAAUACUAAAAUAACUGUUUCAUUCCUAUUUACAUUGGGGACUGGGAACAGUAAUGAGGCCUUCUUUGGGGGGUACUCAUUUCCCUAGUCUGAAUUUCAAAAGCAGUCAUUUUCCAUAUUGAAGAGGAGGCCAUGUCACUGUCGGUAUUUUACUAUUGUAUUGGCCAUAUUCCCUGUCACUGUCACACUUUCAACCCAUUGUCGUAUUGCUUCUUGCCAUUUCAACUGUCUUGUGUUGCUGUUUCAAGGCCAUGUCGCUUGUUGGAAUUUUAUCCUAACAGGGCCUCAAUAAUGCUAAAGAAAUGUACUAAGAUCUCUUAACCCUUUAAACCCUAACAUCGAAAUUCAAAUUCUCAUUUGUUAUCCCUAUACGUUUUCAGUAGAAGUAGUGGGGAGAAUUUGUUGAAGUAUCAAUUACAUUCAUCUAGUAUGAUCAUGACCUUAAUUCUCAUGACCACUCUGUUUUAUAAAGCAGUGGUAUUACAAGGAGAAAUUUGUUGCUCAUCAAACAUAGGGCUUAAAGGGUAAACAAAUGUAAGCACUGACUGGCUUUCCAGUUCACCCAUGAAAUUAUUUUCAGGUCGUUUUGAAGAGGGAGUUAUUGAAGAGAGAAGAAAAGCUGCAUUGGAGCUUUUGAACUUUGCUGGAAAUAUACCAGAUCUUUUUACUAGUCAACCGUUUGUGAAGUUCUUUGAGGUAAUGUAGAGCAGUUUGCUUGAACAAAGUCUUGUUUGAUGAUGGGGCAGAUGAACGCGAAAAUGUAGCAUUCUGUUCGUUUAGUCACUGUUUUAAAUUUUUUCUGUAGCAGUUUGGCCUUUCAUUUAUUUUAUACAAAACUAAUACAGUUGAACUCCAGGCUAGGGACACCCAUAUUUAAUGGACAGUUUGAUUCGUUUGUCCCAAGGAAAAACUCAUAUUUUCUCUAAAAUUAGUCCACUUAAUGUCACUGGAUCAGGUAAUUCGUACAAUGGACACUUUACAAACUCUACCUUCAUAUAUUGUCAACCCUGCUAAACAGACGCUGGUUACCUGCACACUGUCAAAUUUUCCUUGACAAUGAUGUACAUAUUGUUUACAAAAUUUAAUAAUAGCAGAUUUCUAUUGGUUAAUAUGAUUUUAUCAUGUAACAAUUGUGUGAUAAGUUUACAGAUUGUAAUUUACAAAGUAAAAAUUAAGAACCCGCAUUUUGCCAAGUUAGCCUAUACAGUUUCUUCCAUAAAUGGUAAUUAGCACAAAUUUGGGUGAUUUAGGUUCUUAAAUAUGAUUUACAUUUUACGAUUUAUUUACAAUUUAGGUUCUUAUUUCCUGAAGAAAAAAUAAGUUGUGACUUAGAGUAUUUAGCGGUUAUUCAGCUGAUUCAAAUCUAUAUCCCAUUACAAUAUUGCAGUAAUGGAGUAAUAAGGCACCUAUGUCUCCAAAGAGGAUCCUGAAUGUUGGCUCAUCUUAACUGCCCAAGUGUACAGAAUAUUUUUUUAUAGAUUUUAGAAAAUAAGAACAUGUUUCAAAUUUUAGGUUAAACAUAUUAUAUUGUACAGAGGGCGCCUCACUGGCAAUUAAUUUUAGCCUAACAGGUUCUUAAAAACAAGGGUUCUAGUGGCAGAUUUUUACUGUAAUUCUUUGCUUUCCAGGGGGGAUUCCCUGAUAGCCCAAUUCGCAGUGAGAGUGUUGCCAGCAGAGAGAGCAGCUUGUCAGAUGCAGAAAGUGAAAGCCCUCCACCAACAGCCGUCUCUGUCCAAGAUGAAACCCAUGACAGUAGUAUCAGGAUUGAACGCCAAUCUCCAUCACCACCAUGUACUUCAGGGAAAGAAAAUGGUAAGAUUGAUCAAGUGCUGCAUUUGGCAAAUAUUUAGUAUUAAAUACCAAAUAUUUGCCAAAUAAAGAAAAUAACUAUGACACAGUAUAGCCUCCAUACAAAACAUAUUGAAAGAAAUUUGAAUUUAUUAAAAUUUAACAAUAUUGUUAUUUACAAUUUAGCCUGUGAGCAAGCUCUCCGGGGCGCUGUGGCAGUGGGGCGGGAAAAGGAAGGAGAGCUUGCAACUACAUCAAUAGAAUUUGAAUAUAUCUGCAUAGAAAAAGACAAUGCGGAAUGCUGAUUGGCGCAGGUGAUAUUGGCAAUGAUCUUUCACUUGUUUUUCAAUGUUAGUUUGCAUUCAUACUCAUUUCCACUUUGCCCUGAUUUGCGCAAAUCUGACAGCUCAGUCGAUGGGGAACCACAAAGGAAUUGGAGGUGGAAUUCAAAUUUCAGAGAUGUAGUUGCAAGCUCUCCUUCCUUUUCCCACCCCGCCGCCAGAGCACUCCAGCAACCUCGCAGGCUAUUUAAGUUUAUUUUAAAUAAAUUAAUUUCAAAAUUAUAAUUUAUAAAUUUAUUUUGAAUAAGUUAAUUUCUUCCAGUAUUGUUUCUAUGAAGACUAUAUACUAUUUUGAAUUUGUAAUAAAUUUUCUUGUAUGUUUUGUUUGUCUUGUUAUAAUUUUUUUUGAUAAUUUAUUUACUUAUGUAUGUCCUUUUUUAAGGUGAUAAUCUGGAUGAAGCUUCAUUGGGAGGGGUUUGGCUCUAUAAACAACCCUCCCUGACAGAAGGUCUUGACAACCUCAGCUCAGAUGAAGAAAGUAAUGAGUGCCAAGAACCAAGUGAAUCAGCACUGUCAACAGCCGAAAAUGAAAGCAAACCAAACAACUUAACUGGAGAGCCUAAUGAAGAGUUUAUGGUGAAAACUGAAGAGGACCAGGAUGAGGUUUUUAUGGAUGAAGCAGUUGAAUGUUCAGAAAGUGACUCUUUGAUAACAGAGAGGGAGAAACGAGACAGCAAUACACAGCCUCCAAACUGGCUUGUGCGAGCGAUUUCAAUCUGUAGUGAAGGAGAGGAUCUAGAAGCCCUUGCUUCUGAAGCUGACUCAGAAGAGCUUUCUUUCCCACAAGCUUUUUCUGAUUAUAGUUCCUGCAGUGGUGAAGAAAGAACUAAAGAAAGUGAGUCAUUAGAGAAGGUUCAUGAGAACCAAUUCCAUGAUAACUCACGAUCUUACUUGUCUGCUGACUCUUACCAUACUCUAAAUGUACAUGACAAUGAUGACACCGAAAAUUUACCUACAGAAUGUUCUUUGUCUUGCGAUCGUGGACAAGAUGACCAUCAUGGAAUAGAAACAGGUCUUGACAAAGCAAGCCAUAUGAUAAAUCCUCCAGCAAAACCAGAGUCUUCUAAUUCAAGCUCAGGCACUGGUGCCUACUCCGAUAAAGACUCUCAUUCUCUGAAGGAUAAUGCCUCCGUUGGCACUGCGGACAAACAAUCAUUCACUAGCUCUAGUGAUUCUGGAAGGGCAGCAAUACAGCGGAGACCUAUCUACGACUUAGGGAAUAUCUUCAUUGAUUGUAAAGAGAGCGAUUAUUUGUACAUGGCAGGGCACACAAUUCAUAAAGCACUUGAUUGUGAGGUUAGCGGCAGAUAUGAAGAAGCAUUCAGUUUGUACAAGACUUGUGUUAGCUUGCUUUUGAGUGGUGUACAAGGUAACCGUCAUAUUUCGUUUCACAAAAAUAAUUUAGUAGCAUUAUUAUUAUUAUUAUUAUUAGAGAAGUAAUCGGUGGCAUUCAGAUGUCUUUGAUGUGGACACUCUGUUAUGGUAUACAUACCGUAUUACUGAUUCCUUGAAAUUUGGGCCUUUCACCCUGGAUUAUAGAAAACAUGGGUUUCGACUAAAUUAAGGUUAUUUUUUUUGUGUAAUUAAGUUCAAUUACUCACAAAUGAAGUUGUCUUGUUUUUUUUCUGGUCAAUUCUCCCUGUAUAUUCCUUGUAAAGCCUCUAAAUAUGCUCUGUUUUGAUUCAGAAGUCGAUCAGCAUUCGUUAUGUCUUGGUACGCGAGUGUUCUCUUCCAAUCCUGAGGUAUGGGCACUGAGCAUGUGGUAUAUUCUCCGGGUGGGAAACACAACUCCAGUAACCGUGUUGGGCUCAUAAGAGGUUACAUUGCCCACCUCCUUAUACCUUAUUGUAGGAAAUUAACGCUCCAUGAAAUUAACGCGAAUCGUUAAAAUUGGCGUUAAUUUAAGUCGCGUUAAUUUUGUUGAGCAUUAAUUUCCAUGACGCUAAUUAGGUGCAGCGUUAAUUUCCACGCUCCUAAUUUCCAGUAUUUUAACCCCAAUUUUGGAACCUUCAUGUCCAGACAUUCUUUACACCUAAAAAACAUUGACUACAAGCUUUCUUUCUUUCCAUUAGGCUCGAUUUCCUCCGUCUCCCGGGUCCGGUCUUCUACCCUCCCGAACAGCGGCUGGUAAUCAAGCCUAUCUUUCCAUUUACCCUUUAUUUUUCAUCUUUCAAAAAAGCUAAGGCGAAGGUUUACAAUAUUUCGAGUUCAUCUUCAUCGUUGUCGCUGUCAGAAGUGAUGUCAAUAUCUUCUCCUUUGAUUUCGGUCAAGAUAAUCGUGUUAAUUUCCUUUAUUGUGAAAUUCUACCUCCUCUUUCACGUUAAUUUUCUUUAUUCGAAAGUCGUUUCCAUUAAAUUCGCGUUAAUUUAAGUCGCGUUAAUUUCCAAUACCUUAAUUUCAUGGAGCAUUAAUUUCCUAUAAUAAGGUAAGGAAACAAAGGAUGCCUGCUACUGGCGGUCUUACAUAUCAUAUUCUGCGUGACACUAGUCAGGUGCCAAAAUCACACCAUACUCAUGAGAGUCUGAUUCGAUUCCGGCAUAAGCAUCGGCAAUGGCAGAGAAAAUUUCACCCAAAAAGUGGAUUCGCGCUGAUUUGUACUUUAUCGCCCUUAUUCCAACUCUUUUAAUUUGCUAAAUGUUUUCGAUUUUUCAGGAGUUGAAUUCUAAAGGAUCUAAGUUUACAAAAGGAAAAAGAAAAUCAUUGUGUUGUGUCUACGUCCUCCAUGAAAUUAGUGAAAGUUUCACAUCGUAGUUGUGCAGUGAUGGAAAAGAAGUGUACCAAAAAUCGUGAUCAAUGCACAUGCAACCCUGCUGUUUUGUUAAUCUAACCCUAUUGUUUGUUUUCUUUCUUUUUGCUGUCACUGUCGUUGUUGCUUAAACUCCUAUUUUGCAACUAUUAGACACCGUAAAAUUCCAAAAAUAAGCCCCGGGGCUUAAAUUUUUCAAAGACCCUUUUUGAGGGCUUAUAUUCGAAGGGGCUUAUUUACGGAGGGAAAUUUGCGUUUCAAACUCGAUAGGGCUAGCCUUAUAGUUGGAAGUAAAUUUACCAUUUUUUCUUUGUUUUAAGUUGAAUUUGAGGGCAAGUUUCCAAGUACAAGCCCCUGGGGGGCUUAUAUUUGGAGGGGCGAUUUAACAGAGGGUUUUUUGCGUUACCAGUUUGGGGGGGGAGGGUUUAUAUUUGGAGGGGCUUAUACAUGGACGGGCCUAUUUUCGGAAUUUUACGGUAGUUCUAUAGAUAGAUAGUUUUAAUAAUCACAUUGCAACCCAGAGUAAGAAUUUGUUACCUGGUCAUUCAAUUUGCAGGGGAAAAGGACAUCAAGAGAAGAGAAGCUGUAAGACGCAAAACAGCUCAGUAUCUUUUGAAAGCUGAAGCUCUCUAUAAUGCAUAUCUUACCACCAAUGAAUCACAGGAUGAGAAACCAGAGCAGGUACUGACCAGUUCAGCUUGUUAGAACCAGCAAGACUGACAAUUGAAAUUAAUUUUACAAAUCGACUUUAAUAAUGUCGAACUUCUCAAGAGGAAUGUAAUGAACUUCAGGGUCUAAAAUUAAUGGUCGUCCAGUUGUCAGAUAUGACUGUAACUUUUACAGUGAUGACCAAAUCAUAGAACAUACAGUUGUAGUUGCCCAUUGGAUGACCGCAAUUUAAGCUGCCAACGUCAUUAAGAUGUAAUCAGUUAAUAAGACCUCUAAAAUUAUAAUCUUUGGUUAAGGUUUCUGCUUUAGAAGUUGUACUGUAUAAUAUACUGAAUAACCAGUCUUUUUGGUGAAAGGUUCACAAAGACACUGAAGAUUAAUUUGGAGAGGGCCAGGAGCCAUUUAAAUAAAACGUUUCCAAAUUAGGUGUAAUUUACAAGUGAACUUGACUAUUGUUUUUAUACCCUGGCUAAAACAAAUAUAUAGCUACACUUGUACAUUACGCUUGUAAAAGUUUUAUUAAAUUAGCCCCAGGAGCCUAUGCAGCCACAGCUCACAGCUUCAAAAUUUUUGGUCAUAGUGGAAAAAUGGUUGACUACGACUGUUACUGUUUAGCAACUAGAUUUCACCCUGGACAUGUGAAAUGAUGGUUGUCCUUGGUUGGAACUAUUAUUGCUUUUUAACUAGAAUCUCUGGUUUCCCCAUGUAAAUAGUAAGUUCAGCAGCCGCAUUUGGGAGGAGCAUUUGCUUCCAUCCCAAACAGGGAAGCAGAUGAUAACUUCAAGAAGGAGUGGGGGGGGGGAUGGGGGCAAUAAUAUGAGCAGGAUAAGUAGGGAAAGGAGCACAACUUUAAAAGGGAGAGGGGGAAACACUUUUUUAAGGAAGGGCUUUAUAUUGAGGGGAGCUUAUUCACCGGGUUGAGCACAUAAUUAUUUAUUUAAUUUACAGUAUACUGAAAAUAUUAGUGUACUAUUUGUGUUGAGUAGGGUAAGGGGCUCAUCUUUAAAAUUUACUUAGGACAGGGGGAGGAAUCACUUUUCAAGCGGGGCUUUAUAUUGAGGGGGCUUAUUGAGUGGGUGGGGCGCAUGUUUAUUUAGUUUAAAGUAUACUGAAAAUAUUAGAAUUACUGUGCUUCAUAUUUUUGAUAUGUUGAUUUUUGACAGGAGUCUUCAUCAUCACAUCCUAGUAACAGUAUUUGUGACACUGAUGAUCAACAUAAGUUUAAGGAUCUCACACUCGCAGACUUAAAAGUUAUGGGAAUUGUUGGCAAGGUAUUUAUGUCUGGUAGAGCACUUAUAAUAUUCCCUACUCACCAAAAAUAGUUUUUUACUGCUUGCAUUUAUAAUUAAUAUUAAUUGUGGCAAUAAGUGAACUCAAACAACCGGACAGGAGAGGAAACACAACGGCAAACCUUGUGAGACAAGCAUGACAAUAAUUUUGUUUGAAUAAACCUUCACACCAAACUUCACAUACCUUUAAACAGAUCUUUUGGUAGAAGAGCAAAAAACAUGUUAGGUGAAUUCCUGACAAAACACGCUUUUCUUGCAAGUAAUAGCCCCAUCAUGUUUGUGACACCCACCGUUUUGCUGUCCUCUCCUUUCUGCCGUCCUGUUGCCUAAACUCACUAUUAUUGAUGGCAGGCAGUGUUGUUCAGUGGUCAGCAUGCCAGAGUUGAGGACUGGAAACUGGGUGGUCCAUAACUCCUGUUUCCCGCACAUAACAUUCCCAUUUCCGGUCAAUUUUUUCUUGGCUUCCUCUGUUAGCUCUUUCUUAUUGCAAAAAAGUAAGCAUUGGUGCAUAAUUUAAACCUGCACAGUUGCAAAUUGCACCUUCCAUUUGAAAAAUGUUUUUCCGGAUUGUGUUUGGAUCGUACCGCUUUUGUUUUUGAGACUCCAGAACAGGGCUCGCAAAACGUCCCGCCCAGCAGUCCAAAAAGUAAAUUUUCUUGCUGGGUUCAAGCAAGUCAUCCUCAAACAAAAUCAGUUACUAAGAUAAGCAUGAAGUGGCCCUGGGCGAUUUGAGGUCAAUUGUGUGAAAACGCACCAUCGCGUAAUAUCAGAUGGCCUGCAAAUAGGACAAGCUCACAACUUUUUCAGCCCUUUAAAGGAGAGUGAGAGCAUAAUGGGUUAUUUAUUUAUUUAUUUUAAUAAAUUUCAAAAUUUUCAUUCAGCUAAGGAUGUGCUGCUUUCUGUUUGUUUCUUUAAUUUGUUAUUUAUAUAUUUAUGUAGGUUAUGCUGGUUGAGAAUAGCCACAAUGGGGACACAUAUGUUCUAAAGGUCUGUUAAACAUGUUAAUUGUUCUCUUAUAAUAAUAUUUAUUAUAACCAACAUUAUAUUUCUCCACACUACACGUGUGGUUUCGUAAUCAAACAUUUAGGUCCUAUGAAUGAUGGAAUCGAUUUCUCAAUGCAUAAGAUGCCUCUUGGUUUUUUAACGUGUCAUUAGUACCAUCGAGAUAAACAUUUUUCAACUGUGUUUUAACUCCACUCCACCACUUCUCUUACCCAUCAACAGCAGGUUUGUCAGCUCCUAUUCUCUUACACUUGUUCCUCCCUGCACGUUUCUUCCAUUCAUUGAAAAAUGCUACCUGCUUGCUGAGAUCUUGCCGGCUAGUCCAACGGGGAUCUUGGCAAGUGGACCAACCUGCCUUCUGAUAUUGGCAUAAUAGAAGUUUUAUGAAAAAAAUAGGCAUGAGACAGGCUAACCCUGUAAAGCCAACCGGGCUGGCUAACCUCAUUUAAACAGGCCCUGUGUUAAAUAGUUUUUUAAUAAAUGUCGCGACUGGUUCCGCCUUUGAUAUGUCGAAGAUUGUUCACACGUGUUUUUACCUUGCAUUACCAAAACGUAAGGACACACUGACCUUAAUACAAACUUUAAAGUAGUUCUUUACUAUUGUCAUGAGUGUUAUGUUGCCAUAAUCUCUUUGUCAUGUCUGCAUGUUCACGCCCAAACAUAUCCACAUAACUGCCUUCUUAUCUAAUUAUACUUACGUCAUUAUCUCAUGAUGUCGCAAUUGUGAAGUACAUGUGGGCUUUUAGCUUUUGACCAAAUUUGUCUGAUCAGAAGCCCCAUCACUUUGUUAGAAAUUGUUAGGCUGCAUAUUAAAAUAAUAUUUAAAAUGAUUUUAGGCUCUUUGCAAGUCAGGGUCAGUACGGCCACCUGGCCACUCACAUGGAAAUGAGCGCCGGCGCAAGAAGUCUGUGAGACGUCUCUAUGUAAGUAAACCAAAAUUGCCCACUUUCUCACUAACUAAAGUACAUAAUUUUAGGAGUGCUCUUAAAAAAUCAAGUUUCCUCUGAAAAUAUGAGCCAAGUGUCACGUCCAAGCAUGAUGUUUCUGUCGCGUUUAGGGAAGCAAUCUGGCGCCACACGACACACAUCAUUGUAUGUCAUUUUUUUAUCUCUUUGUAGGGAAUUGUUUUUGUAGCUCAUUGUAGGUCAUUCCUUGUUUUAGUAACUACGCUUUUAAUAUUCUCUUUUCAUCUUUUUUUUUACUUUAGGGCAAGUAUCCAAACAUAGUUCAACUCUUUCGGUAUUUUGAGACAGGCAGCUCUAUUUACCUUUUAUUGGAAUAUGCACGAGGCGGCAGGCUAUGGGAUCAUAUUGCCUGUUACCGUAGUAACCAAGAGUCACAAGCCACUGGAAAUGCCCGUGAACAAAACAGACUGGGUUUGAAAAAGACUACGCAUGAUCAAUGUGACAAAAAUGAAAAAAAUGAUGCAGUUAAUGUGAAAAGAACUUCUUACCAAGAAGCAGGAAAAGAUUUGGCAGUAGACAGAGUUCCAGAAAAUAUAACUAACAGUAACGCUAAAAGUUCAUGUAGUGGACAAGCUAGUGAGGACUCCACAAAAACCUCAAAUGCCUCCCUAGUACAACCAGAGCUUAGUACAAAGACUAAUGGUGCCACCAGCCCUUAUAAUGGCAAUAAUAAUGAACUGUCUGUUACAAAAGAAGGGAGUAAAGGAGAUAAGGACUUGGUGAAGACGUGCAGUGAAAAAGCGGAAGCUGACGCUUCUCGCGAUAACAAGCACCUUCUGUUCUUGAAACUGGAUGAGUAUUUUGCUUCAUCGUCGCAACGUUUACCAGAUGAGAAUGUUAAAAUUUGGGCGGCGGAAAUUGUGUUGGCUGUUGCUUACUUGCAUACGUCUGGAAUAAUUUGCAGGUAACAACAUUUUUAAUAUUACUUCUUGCUUACUCCCGGUCGACGCCUAGAAGGCAACAAGAAGAAAAACUGAUCCAUAAAGCCCGAUGAUCUCUCAUACAACUUUCUGGAUCUGUAACGUUCUUCACACCAGUAUCCCUCAUCAGUGUGUUUAUGUAAGCACUUGUCAGACCUCCUCUCUUAGCCCUAGGCACCUAUGUUAUCGGCUGUUGCACUGCAGAGCUCUCGUCACGAAAAACAUGUCCAGAAAGAGUAAUUCCUCCUUUUUGAAUGGUAGUGCUCACCUCUUCUAAACUACCAAAGUUUAGGUUUAUGUUUUAUCCCAGCUGUUAAUAUCCAAGGUCGUGGAUUUGAUUUUUGUUGGGGACUCCCAGUUCUUUUUUUGCCAAGAAAGCUCUUUAUCUAGGGAUUUUACUCGGAGAUCUAAAAUGCUUUUGAUAACUUACAUUUUGCAUUUCUCACAGAGACUUGCAUCCUAAAAAUGUUCUCCUUGACGAGGAAGGUCAUGUUCUUCUUACAUAUUUUGGUUCAUGGGAAGAGACAGAGCAUGUUCCUGAUGAAGAAGCUGUGAACCAUUUCUACUGUGCUCCAGGUUAGUAACAUAAAAUGUCAUCCCUUUGAGCCCCAGUAUCAACAUACAAAUUCUCCAAACUGAUCUCUAUACAUUUCCGUAAUGAAUGAGUUGAGAGGAUUGAUAAAAGAUCAAGUUAUUUUCUCUUAAGUGAUCAUUUUAUUAAUUCUCAUAACCUAAUCUUGACAUUUUAUGGAUAUCGUUAGGAUAAAAUUGAUGUUGGUCACUAUUUGGCCUUAAAGGGUUAAUGUAAAGUGGGAGUCUUAACCCUUGAAGACCCAAGAGUGACCAACAUCAAUUUUCUCCCAACAAUAAAGAGCUCAGUUUAGAUUUGAGGACGAGGAAGACUACGAGUACGAGAUUUAACUUAAAGUUUUUCCGCGUAUUCUCGAAAAAUAUUCAACCCGGAGAACUUCAUUGUACUACUUUUCACCUAAAAAAUUAGUGCGGUUAUUUUUAUUGGAGGAGGUUUAGCGAUUUCCCGGUUGCAAAACGAUUAAACUUCUAAAAUUUGAUAUUUUGUUUCCGCCUUUACGACAUUCUGGCUAAAACUCGUAGUAGAAUGACGAUGGCUAUCACGUUUUCCCGCCAAAAUGACGGUUCACGCUGUUCACUACUUAGUACUGAGAAAAUCUCGUACAUGUAGUCGUCCUCGUCUCAGAAUCUAAAGCUCUAAUGUCAAUACAUGAUAAAAAGAAAAGGUUUGAGAAUUAAUAAAAAUGGUCAGCUAUUAAAGAAAAAUGCAUUGACCACGGAACAAAUUUGUUUAACUAAUUCUUUAAGGACAAGUGUAAACAUCAGUGUGGAGAAUUUGUAUGUGGAUGUUGGGGCUGUUAACUUGGUAUAGCAAUAUUCAUUGUUCAAUAGAGAGCUUUAGAUUCUGAGACGAGGACGACUACGACUACCAGAUAUUCUCGGUACUAAAUAUUGCUCUUACGUGAACCAACGUCAUUUUGGCGGGAAAACGUGGUAGCCGUUGUCAUUCUACUGCGAGUUUUAGCGAGAAUGCCGUAGUGGGGGGGACAAGUUAUCAAAUUUUAGAAGUUUAAUCAUUUUGCGACCGAGAAAGGGCUAAACCUUCUCCUCCAAUGAAAAUAACCGCGCUAAUUUUUCAGGUGAAAAAUUGUACAAUGAAGCUUUCCCGGUUGAACAUUUUUGGACAAAACUGGUACUCGUAGUCGUCCUUGUCAUAAAAUCUAAAGCUCUCUGACUAAUGUAUGUUACUUUAAAUGCCUGAUCAAACAGACAUACAAUUCUCACAAAACUUGUGAGAUGUUGAGACCAUGGUUAUGCAAACAAUUAACCCUUCCCCCAACAUUGUAAUGCAAUUUCUCCUUUCUUGUCGCUUACUUUUCUUAUCGGAAUAGUGGGAAGAAUUUGAUAAAAUAUCGCGAGCAUUAAUCCUGGGUCAUCAAAUCCUUAUUUCUCAGUCCGUACCUCUCCGAUUGAUUAUGCUUUGAAGUUUUGAGGAGAAAUUUAAUAAUAGUUAUAAUUGGGGCUUCAUAAGGUGUAACAUAUGUUCAUCAUGUACAUAAGAAAACGGCUUUAUAAUUCUGAAAGCAAAAGAAAUAUGGCAUGCCUUACAGAUGUAAGUUAACCCCGGCUAGUGACAUCUGACAAGCAGCAAGCAGCUCUGAGAUCCUUGUUUUAAUGCUUUCUUUGUUACGGUUAAAUUCCUCAGAGGUUUGGCAGAUUGAUGAGAUAACUGUUGCAGCUGACUGGUGGAGCGUUGGAGCUCUCCUCUAUGAACUGAUUACAGGGCAGGUUAGAGUCACAUAUUUAUUUAGCUACCAUUUGCUCAAAUACUUAAAAAUUUAGAGUCUUCGAAGAGUGCAAGUAUCCCACGUAAAAACGUUUUUUCAUUUACCAUGCGGUCGCUUACGAGAGCUCAUUCUCGUGAGCGACCAGCCCUAGUUACGACCACUUUUCCGAGGGGGUCGGUUACGAGAGCUUCGACUGCAAUUAGAAACAAAGAAAACCCCGAGAUAAUAGUUCAGUUUGAUUUAAAACUGCUCUACUACUCUAUUGUACAUAAAUUUGAAGUACGUGUAUUUGAUUUUUGACAAGCAAAAACGUGCGAAUGGAACACAACAUUAAAAAAUAGGCCAAAAACUUUUCAGAUUCAAUUGUUACCUGCUUUUUUCCCCUUUGAAAUAGUUAUGCCUUUAUAUGUUGCUUUUAGAGUUCCUAGUAUGUUUGAAUGUGGCUGAGGAUACUAAAAGUCUUUUCGUUUGCUUGUUAGUUACUGGCGGGUAUAUGGUAUUUAGUUAAUUAUUGUAACUUAUUUUAUUACUUAAUUUUUGAAUUUUGCUUCGUUAAUUUUAUGUUUUUUUGUGUUGACAUUUUUUGGUCAAUGUUGUUUAAAAUUCAGGCCCUCUCAACUGCACAUCCCUGGGGAAUACAAACUCACACCGAACUUCAGCUACCAAUUAAGAUUUCACCAGAAGCUAAAUCGCUUCUAAGAGAGGUACGUAGUGUACUGUUAAAACAUUUCACUUGCUUCGUACAGUGGAACCUCGAUAUAACGAACCUCUAUACAACGAAGUCCUCGGUAUAGCGAACGAUUUUCUUUACCCCAGUAAUAGUAAAAUAUAUGGAAAAGAACUUCGUCCAGUCCCUUGGCCCUUAGUUAUAUCGAGGUUCCACUGUGUUUGAGAAUGUUGUAGGGAUCAAUAUUAUCGUGACACUUUUGUUAUUGUUGGGUGGUGAUAUUCUGUGUACAGGGCCCCAAAAAGGACACUGUGGCAGCGUCCACACUUGGUGCCCGUGCACUUUGAUGAAGUAUGGUACUCGCUAGGCACCAGUGUGAACACACGUGGGUAUUUUUUUUAAUUGCCCACGCCUGAAUAAGAGGACGGCUUCAGCGCCCGAGUACAAGGUCGAGACCUUGUUUUCGGGCACUUAAUAGGUAGGCACCGAAUCCCACUGGCAGCCGAAGCCACUGGCAGUGUGUAUACCAGCUUUUUUUUCUUUUUUUUUUAGUUUCGGGAUAAUCAACUGCUUUGCACUCCCUAUAAAGUUUGUUAAGCGCAAGUUUCGAAAUGGCGUCUGUCAUGGCGAAAUACAUUACAUUAUAAUUAUCGAGUACUUAAGGUGUAAACACAAGACCAUUUUGUGCCAGCACUCAGGCACUAGUUCUGUACAGCGAGUGCGGACAGCUCCUGAGACGUAAAAAACGUUUGGCUUCGAAAUUGGGAUUUGCCCGCCCUACGGCAUUUAAGGAGCCCUUGUCCAAAGUAGACAGCGAGCAAUUAGUGAGAAAACGUUGAAGUGAUACUUUGCUUUCUCUUCAUUCAGCUUCUACGAGUAACACCCUGUGAAAGAUUAGGUAAGUUGUCUCUAUUUUUCAAAUAACUCUACCCAAAAUGAUAUUAAUACUGCGAUACUAGACUACAGAUUGAGUGCGUGAAAAUCUGGGAUGAAAGAGUGGACAACCCAUGCCACGUGAACACGUUACGACGACGGCAGCAGAAUCUUCGCCCAAAAAGUGAAUUUGCGACUUUCUUUAUCUCCAUCGCUCCUAUUCCAACUUCAUUAAUGUGUCUGUCUGUUUUAAAGAGUUGAAAUCCAAUGACUCUAUUUACAUGUAACUUCACCAAAAAAGAAGAAGAAAAUCUUUGUCUUGUAUUCGCUCCUCCAUAAAGCGUGAAAUCAGCAAGUUUCAGGUCGUAGUCGUGCAACGACGGCAACGAAAUGGACCAAAAACCGUGAUGCACGUGCAAAGUUGUUGUUUUGCUGCUUUAAACCUAAAGCCUUUUUGCAAUUCUCGUUGCUUCUGCCGUCGUCGUUUCUUAAGCUUUUUUUUAAAUUUCAGCGGUAUCAGACUAACAAAAAAAAGCCUGGGGAGGCCUUUCAGUCUAUUUCUGCCACAUUUAGCUGUUGUUAGUGGCGUAUUGCGGUAAUCUUUUUGUAUAUAUAUUGUUUUAUCAAAAGGCUCUGGUGUUAAUGGUGUGGAGGAAAUCAAGUCGCAUCCUUUCUUUAAUGGAGUAAACUGGACAUGGCUCUGUUCAAGAAUAAGUUAACCAUUCAAAGACUCAAUUGCUUGUAAUUAUGCUGAAUACCAAUUGACCCAGACAAAGAAAGACUCUUGAGACAUAGGAUUUUUGUUUAUUGUCAAAAAUGUUGUUGUACUUGUCUGUUAAUUAAAUUGGCGUUGUAAUGGUGCGCCUGUAGGGGCAAGUCAUCAUCAGUUUGUUUUUUGAUAAAUUGACCGCAAAAGUAAUAUGCAGAAUUUUAGGAGAGAAUAUAAAAAAUUUAUAUUCACUUCGAGGGUAAUGAAAGAAAUGUUUCUUUCAGAGUUGUUGUUGUUUUUUUAUCGAAGAAUUUCUAUUUUUUCCACGUCGCCGUCCCUCCCACACACUGGGGAGAGCCUGAAGCGAAAGCCUUAAGGCAACAAUUUUUCAGCAGAAAAUUAU